AUGGCAAGGUGUCGUGCCUUGUUGGCUCUGCUCUCAAGGAGCCGAGCCUUGUCAACUUCUCUAACAAGUAGACGAGCUUUGUGGGUUCGGCUUGGCUGCUUAACAACAAGCAUCAGCUCCUUAACAGAGAAGCUCACAAAGCUCAACCCUUUGUCACAGACGUCGACAAGGCUCGGCCCCUUGACAUCAAGGCUCGACUCCUUGACAGCAAAACCCUCAAAGCUCUACCCCUUGACACAAAAGCUCACAGAGCACGGGUCUGACCCAACAUAA